CCCAAUCGAGCCCACGCAUUCGCCGAGAGAGAGAGAGAGAAAGAGAGAGGAGGAAUGGCCAGCACCAGCCCCGCGAUAACUUUUCUCUCCGCCACUCCGGCACCGCAACGCUCUGCCUUGUCUUGCCGUGGCCAUAAUGGCCGAACAUUCUCCUUCACGCAAUCUACAUCAGUCUCUAAACAAUUCUCUACGUUUUCUCUUUCUUCUUCUUCUUCUAAAUCUUCAAUUACAUCUGCUAUGGUAGAAGAAGAAGAAAAACAAGAAGAAGAAGAAAGCUCUCCUAUUGGAACUAAUUCUCCCCAAGAUUCAGACGCGCUUCCUCCUACCAGGGGCUGCAAGGCCUGUGGAAGAGAGGAACUGGAGAGGGGAUGUAAUGGCGAGGGGAGGAUUCAAGGCGGGAUUGCUACAUUCCCGGGCUUUGGGUGGUGGCCUAUUAAAGCUUACAGGCCAUGUCCUGGAUUUGUAGCAUCAGGUGGUAGGUAUCAGCGACGGGGGCAAAGCAUGGACGAAGUUGCUUUUGGAGGGGGGCAGAAAGGUGUAUCCAUGGGGAUUGACAAUGAGGCUCAGUCAAGCAAGAAGAAGGGAGGUCUAAGGAGAUUCAAGAGGUAAUUUCUGACAAAGAAGUUAUAUGGGGUUGCUUCUGGUUUAUAACAGAUCAUAGGUUAUUUGUUUUAUCUGGACUCAUCUGAAUUUAGAAAUGAAAUAUGAUUAAGAUUUCAUUGGUGUUCAUGUUUGCCUAUGCUGCAUUUUGUACUCUCUAAUUGUAAAGAAGGCCAAUCACAUUGGACACAAGAUAUAGCAAUAUAUGUAGAUAUUUGGUAAA